UGCAGCCGACACACACAGCUAGCAGCCGCAGGAUUUUACUAACUAGCAGCUCGAAAAUUGCAUUCAAAAUGUUCCAAAAAUCGAAGCCCAUUCACAUGAAAGGCACAGCUUCACUGCUGUACAACAAUCUGACGGUCCUGAACAGCCCAGAAAAGAACAUGACCACGUAUGCUGUGGUGCACAAGUCCGUGGUUUGUAUGGCGAGCUGCGCGAGCGACACGUCAAACGUCAGCCACAAGCAAGUCGCCUGCAAAGACCCGUCGCCUACUCCGCAGAGCACCAUGAUUCUACAGGCUAAGUUUUGUCAGUUACCGUCUCGGACGUUGCUCGUUCUCUGCUACCAAAGAGGAAUUCAGGUAUAUGAGCCCGACGGUUCAGCUUUAGUUUUCUGGCACGCGCUUGUCCACAUCGAUCCAAGCGUUGGAAUGUCAUUUGCAAGAGGAAUAGCUGCGGUUCAUGACAGCUACAUAGCAAUAGGCACCUCCACAGCUCAAGUUCUCAUCUUCAACGUCCCGGCCCGAGGGACCAACGUGACUCUCUCGGAGUCCCUGACCGGCCACUCCUAUCCCAUCAGUGCUCUGGCUGGCGACGGUGCCAUCAUGGCCUCGGCCGACGACUCUGGGUGCAUCAUGGUAUGGCAGGCCAGGCAGAACUUCACAAGGGUCUGCCGGAUUAACGGUGGCGGAGUGACUUGUUCCUCGGUGUGUUUCUUUGACGGCUUGGUGAUCGGCGGGUUUGGGUCAGGUCACAUCAGGGUAUUCGAUGCCAUGAGAGGGACACUGGUCUCAGAAAUCUGCGCCCACGCCAAGUGGAUCCAUGCCAUUGAUAUAGCGCCGACCGCUGGCUUGCUCUUGUCAACCUCUGAAGACACCUUUGUCAGGGUGUGGUCAGUUUCCAAAGACGGGGAUGUAACUCAGAUUCAGUUGAUGUUCAGCGAGAGCGUAUCGGACACCCAGCUGAGCGGGGCCCAGUUUACGAACAAGAGUGGUCGAAGCUUUGCCCUGUCGGGCUACGACCUGAAUGAAGUCGUCUGCUACAACCAGAAGGUGUAACGGGGACCAGUUUAAAAAUCUGUGGUCUGCAAUUGGCCGAGUCUGACAGGGGACCAGGCAAGGAUGAACCAAUAGAAUCGGUUCUUUUAGAUGUUGGUUGUGAUGUAACUUCUUGUGCCUUAUGUGUCUUGUCAAACGGCUUCGUAGUGGACCAGGGACAUGCAAUAGUGAAGUUGGUACUAGUUGGCCGUCUUAAACCCUAACCCAGACGAGUACAGAUAUCCCAAACAAGCACACCCUCGGAUGCUGUUCAUAUCGGCAGCAGCAAAGACGACCUUUUGUUCUACCGUUUGGACUGAACAGGCUUCACAUUCCUUGUUGUGUUGGUUACGAUAGAUUCGGCAGGGUUUAAGAUGUGGUCAAUAUUCACAUAUUUCAAUUUUAAUGCACAUUAGAUAACCAAACAAGGUAGUGAAUUACACCCGUUUCAACACGGAAUUUCCUUAAAUUACAGUUGUGCGCAAACCUCUUGUCAUGGUGUUUCACAGUACAUUGAUUUCAAAAGUGAUGUGGGAAAAAAAUUGCUAGAUGUAUACGGUAGUUGUAUUCUUUGAGCAUACUUUACAGCACACUAUAAAGCAUGUAUUAGGUAGUGAAAUUUCCAUCACACAUUCUCAAACACAGUCACAUGUCAAAAGUAUAGCUUGUCGUAUUGUUGAAAAGAGUAUUCUUAUAUGUAUUCUAGUUUUGAACAAAAAAUAUUUAUAUUGUAUAUUUUGAGCUUGUAAAA